GAUCAGCGCGCUCGGUGCGCAGACGCGUCAGGUGCGCACCAAGAGAGACUCCAAAGACGCACAGCGGCACGACUGAUGAAUGCUCUACAGACAACUAGAUUGAUUUGCAAGAUUUUUUAUACGAAUUAUUAAUGUAACGUCUAAGACCAACGCGCAGGAUUUGGUGAAACCUUAAGGUAGAGACACAUGAGAGCAAAGAUAAUCCUUACAUGAGCGCUAAUGGAAACGCACCGGACCAUAAACCCCUGCUCUAAAAACUCUGCCAUGAAGCAGCAGCAGGACACAAACCUCCCAUAGGUCAAUUUGGCAACAUUUCAAGUUCACCUUAAGGGGAAAAAUAAAUCAUGAACUUAUCAGAGUCUGCCUGGCUCUUCGAAGAGCCGUGGAACCUAAGCAGAGCGGAGGAAGAGGACCAGAAACUUUUAUUCGGGAUCGGCGCGGAUAAUUUCAUCACGCUGCUGGUUUUCGGGCUCAUCUUUACGCUCGGGGUGCUGGGCAACUCCAUGGUGAUCACUGUGCUGGCCCGGAGCAAACCAGGGAAACCACGGAGCACCACCAACAUAUUCAUCCUCAACCUUAGCAUAGCAGACCUCUCCUACCUGCUCUUCUGCAUCCCCUUCCAGUCCACCAUCUACAUGAUGCCGACGUGGGUCCUGGGCGCCUUUAUUUGCAAAUUCAUCCACUAUUUCUUCACUGUGUCCAUGCUGGUCAGCAUCUUCACUCUGUCUGCCAUGUCCGUGGACCGAUACAUUGCCAUCGUGCACUCCAGAAAGUCCUCAUCUAUCAGGGUAGCGAAGCAUGCUUUGAUCGGAGUGGUGGUGAUUUGGAUACUCUCUCUGGCCAUGGCAGCGCCUAUCAUGUAUUACCAGAACAUUUUUCAUGGAGGAGAGAAUCAUACUUUUUGCUGGGAAGUGUGGCCAGAUCAAAACCAGAAGAAAGUCUAUGUGGUUUGCACGUUUGUUUUUGGUUAUGUGUUGCCCCUGCUGCUGAUUUCCUUCUGUUAUGCAAAGGUUUUAAAUCACUUGCACAAAAAACUGAGAAAUAUGUCCAAAAAGUCAGAGGCAUCAAAGAAAAAGACGGCUCAGACGGUGCUGGUGGUGGUGGUGGUGUUCUGCCUGUCUUGGCUCCCUCAUCACGUCGUUCACCUCUGGGUGGAGUUCGGGACCUUCCCACUGAACCAGGCCUCCUUUGUGUUACGGGUGGCUGCCCAUUGCCUGGCGUAUAGCAACUCGUCUGUCAACCCGGUCAUCUACGCCUUCCUGUCAGAGAACUUCAGAAAGGCUUACAAGCAAGUGUUCAAAUGCCAGAUCGGUUCCAGUGACUCGCCGCUCAACGACAUCAAGGAGAUCCGCAGCAAGGUGGACACUCCACCCUCAACUAACUGCACCAAUGUUUGACUGAAAAGGUGUGGAUUGUGACAUGAAAAUGAAUUAUGACAAAUGUCACAUUGCAACAUCACAAACAUUGUCACUUAUUGUAAGGACAUAGUGACAACAAUCAGACAUGAGUGGGUGUUGAUUUUUGUGAUGUGGGUGUUGCUUGGAUAUUGCUACAGCUAUACUUUUUCCACAUAAGCGCUGUUCAUUAUACCUGGACUAGCUGAGAUAAAGCCACUGUGGCUGCAAGACAUGAUUACUCUCUGUUCGAUCAGUCUAUGUUUUCUACAUCUCUUUGUUCAAAACUGGGGAAUUUGAAACUCAGGUAAAUGACAUUCGCUCUAAAGUAAAAGUCAUUUGAUUGUAGACAAAAUACAUUGAUAUAUUUAUAAGUUAAUACAUUUAAAAUAUGAAAGGUAGUGUUAGUAUUAAAAAUCUUAAUUGGCAGACUUUUUAUGUUGGGUCACAACAUCUGCAUUAACACAACACCUGGUUGUUUGAAUGUGUCUUUUCGGUCUGAAGAACAGUGAUGGGAAGUAGGCUAAUGCAUUAUUUUAUAGUUUGUUACAGAAUGUUUUCUAGGAACAAUUAGUGUAAGUGACCCCAAUUUCAAAUCUAGGAAUUACGUUAGAGUUAGUACACUAAUCUCUGUAAAGCUCUGGCUAUCCUCUGUGGAAAGAGAAGAAAUGUGGCUCCUGGUUUCUCUAAAAAUGUCAAAAGAGAAAUAUAAUAAAGUCAGCACCUCCAAAGAGUGAGCUGGCAGCUUGUUAAACUACAAUAACUCAGUUUCUACUUCUACACAUGUUAAAUACAGAGGAUUUGGAGUUGGUUUUGGAGUUUGGAGUUGUUAGAGAGCCAGUCAGAGCUGUGCCGCUGAGCAAUGAAAAUAAUGUAUGAGUGAUGGACUACAUUUUUCAAGUAACUUGCCGCUUUGCCACUGUAGAUAAGAAAAAAAAAACAUUGCUAUUGCACUCAAGCUUGUAUUUUAAGUACAUUUGGUUGUAAAUAUUAUGGACGCUGAAGCUGGUAUUCACAUACUGCCUGUGAAAGCCUCCCUCUAUAUGUGGCUGUUAUGCUAUAUUAACAGUUUUCAGAUUGUGCUGUGCUGUAUGACUGAGCCAGGCAGUUAGAUAUGUAAAGCUCGUUAAGAUGAUUGUUUUGUACCCUUUCUGGUAGCCAUUUUUCUACCCAUGAAAACAGUCUUAUAGGAGAUCCUGUGGAAUAUGUUGUAUGCCAUAUGUAUGUAAUGUGCCAAGCCUACACACAGCAGCUUUACCUCAGUAAAACAAAAUCAUUAAAACAAAACAAUAUGAGACCAUUAAGUUGGACCUACAGUAUUGUAUGUACAUCUUUGGAAAAUGUGGACUUUUUGCAGGAACAUGUUGCAUCUCUUAACUCACUUUUUGCUUGAAAAGGAUUCCAAGUGAAGUUAGGAGGGGAUUUUCAGCAGAAUAGGCAACUGUGUGCCAGGGAGGAAAGGGAGUCUGCUGCAGGGUUUGUACUGCAGCAGUUGAUAUGACUGAUUAACACUAACUUAAAACAGAGAGGUAGAAUUAAUCAGUUUAAUCAGCAGACUCAUCCCCCCUGUCAGCGAGGACUUCAGAUGUAAGAGCCAAGGAUUAUUCCCAGAGAGCAGAAGCGGUGCAGUUGAUGACUUUACUCACUAUAUGCUGACUGUACAGAUGGUGAUGCUCAUUCAUGCCACACAGGACUCGUGGAAUGUUUUUAAAUGGGACUUUUUCAUGGAAUCUCAAUCCGGGAAAUGUGAGGGACGUGGCUAAUUACUGGUGGGAUUAUGGCUGACACACACUGCCUGGCAAUGUGAAUGAAUGGAAUUUCUCUGGCAAAUGAUACAGAUGUGGAACACAAACAGUGUUGUUUCCUUCAAAAUACCCAUGUAAAGAGCACAUGAACAAAAAAAUAUUUUUUUCAGCAGGAAAUGCAUUGUUUAAUUUUCUAACACUUUAGAUUACAGCCCACAAUUACAUUAGCAUAUUUGGGGUAUCAAUAAAAAAUGUAACAGCGUAUCUAUACUUCAUAUAUGUAAGCACACGGGGAUGACAAGAGGAUGGGAUUGAGGAGGUUACAGCUUUGUUUCUGAGAGGCAGUUAGAAAUAAAUUACAAUGUACAUGUCUUUAAUUACUAUUUAAAAAAUAUGAAGUAUAACAUUAUUACUGAGAAACAAGGCAGGGAAAAUAUGAAUCAAAGCGUAACAGUGUUGAUAUUGCUAUGAAAUUGCUGCUUGUACAGAUUUUCAGCUUCAUGUGUUUUACUGAGGUUGUCUGGAUGUGUCUUUUCAGCCUUCUUCUCGUAUUACUUCAGCAGUGCCAUUGAAGUCAAAUAAUUUACCAGAUAUA